AAAUAGAAUAAAUUAAUGAGCAAUUUCCUAGUACUAUUGUUGGUUAGAUUUUAUUUUAUAGUACAAGUAGUGGGUCCAAGCCAUUUAUCUGUCAUCCUUUUGUUGAUCUUGCAGGGUAAAGUUGCAUUCGUUUCAACCUAUGCAAUCCAUCAGCUCCACAUAUCCAUCUUCGUGUUGGCAGUUGUUCAUGUGCUUUACUGUAUUAUCACCCUGUUUUUGGGUUGGGCCAAGAUGAGAAAAUGGAAAGUGUGGGAACAAGAAACCAAGACAGUGGAAUACCAGUUUUCGCAUGAUCCAGAGAGGUUUCGAUUCGCAAGAGAGACGUCCUUCGGACGACAACACUUGAACUUUUGGAGCAGAUCACCCGUUCUCAUCUGGACUGUUUGUUUCUUCAGACAAUUCGUGAGGUCUGUUCCAAAAGUGGACUACUUAACCCUGAGACAUGCAACGCACACGAUCAUUCUACUGGUGGGGACAAAGCUUCAGGUGAUAAUCACAAGGAUGGGGCUGCAGAUUCAAGACCGUGGUGAUGUCGUUAAGGGCAUCCCCGUCGUCCAACCCGCCGACAAACACUUCUGGUUCCAUAGGCCUCGCCUCGUACUCUUCCUCAUCAAUUUUGUUCUUUUUCAGAAUGCAUUUCAACUCGCCUUCUUCGUGUGGACUUGGUAUACAUUCGGACUCCGAUCUUGCUUCCAUGAGCAUUUGGAAGACGUGAUUAUCAGAAUAUCAAUGGGGGUCCUCAUACAAAUAUCGUGCAGCUAUGUGACACUCCCUCUCCAUGCAUUGGUAACACAGAUGGGUUCAAACAUGAAGCCCACCAUAUUCAAUGAAACAGUAGCUACAGCUCUAAGGAAAUGGCACCACACUGCUAGAAAGCACGUAAAGGCAAACCGCAACCAGUCUGGGACCAUUACACCAACGUCUCCGAGAACACCAAGGACCCCCACCCACGGCUUCUCGCCCAUCCAUCUCUUACGCCAUCACCAGAGCGAGGUCGACAGCCGAUUCUAUCACUCCGAUAACGAAUGUUCAGAUGCCGAAGGAUCACCCUCCCCAUCGGACCACAUGUUCGAGGGCUCAUCUUACCAUCAAUAUGGACAAUGGAGCCGGGCCGAACUGGAGAGAGAAAUGGAAGACUUUCCUACACAGCCAACGGUGACGGGUCAACAUGAAAUCAAUGUAAAUUCUGCUGAUUUCUCCUUUGCCAAGUGACGACGACGAUGAUUUUUAUGGAGCUUGGACUACAGCUUUCUUUCUAUGGAAAUUCACACCAUCGUCGCCACCUUUCGUUGAUUCCAUGCAACAGCAAUUGCAUCAAUGGCCACAGCAUGGAUGUGGAAUGGGCCCAUGCAAUGGUGCAACACAUUGGAUGACAUUUUAUGUAAUAUAAUAUGAUUGUGAUGCACUGAGCAAUCGUUUAUAUUGUAUGAAAGAUGGAAUGAUAUUUUUAA